AGGCGCUUAACAGCACUGGCUACUCCCAUUUGUUUGCGUGAGCGGGCGAGUGACAAUUCCCAACAACUGUGCGAAUAAUAAAUAAGUUCGGAUGGGAAAAUGUUUGGCCAAGCGCAGUCGGCACUAGUCCUGACCCAAACGCGAUGUCCGAGCGUCGAGGUGUGCACGAGAUACCCGGGGAGUACCAGCCAGUGCCCAGACAACCCAGCCUAGGAGGAGAACCAACUGCAUCCACUUCGUGCUGCCGGCGUCCCAAUUGCAAUUAUCAAAUCCGGAAUGGGCAGAAGGUUUGCUGCUGCUGCGGCCACGGCUACAUCAUACCCGUGUUUAUACUCUUCGUCUUGGUGAUGAUUGUCCUGCUGUUGCCGUGGGAGACCAUCCACCGAAACGAGACCGCAAAGAGCCCCGUGCCCGUGGACACCCCGUUGCCAUGCCAACUCGAGGUGGUGGAGAGCCUGCCUAUCGGACUGAACUACAGCAACGUUGAGGGUACCCACCCUCGUCUGAGGAGCACAUUCGAGGCUUGGCAGCUGCUGCUGAGCAGGGCAAAGACAUCGCUGGACAUAGCCGCGCCCCACUGGACUUUACGGGGAGUGGAUGUCAACGACAGCAGCACCGAGCCCGGCGACCACCUCUUUCAGCGUUUGCUGGCCAACGGGGAUGUGGGUAGACCAAAGCUGCGCAUGCGAAUCGUGUUAAACCGCAGCCAGGACAGUCUGUGGCAUGCCGAUGCCCGAAUCCUGUCCAACUACGGAGCAGCGGAGGUUGUGGGAAUCAAUUUCCUAGGUUCGAAGCUAUGGCUGGCAGACGGCGAGCACUUCUAUCUUGGCAGCGCUGACAUGGACUGGCGUUCGCUCACCCAGCGCAAGGAGCUCGGUGUCCUGGGCAGGAAUUGUCCGCAUAUGGCGCAAGAUCUGGCCAAGAUCUUUAAGACCUAUUGGUACCUGGGCAACAAUGAGGUGCCUGACUACUGGCCCUGGAUCUAUCAAACGCACAUCAAUCAACGGCGGCCACUGCUGCUGAACAUUAAUAAGAACCACACAAUGCGUGCCUAUCUGGCCACUUCACCACCUGGACUCUCGCCCACUGGCAGGACCCACGAGCUGGAUUCAAUUAUAGGCGCCAUCGAUUCGGCCACCGAAUUUGUAUCUAUAUCCUUAAUGGAUUACUCACCGAUAUUGAGGAGCGGCAAGAAGGUGGAGUAUUGGCCUUACAUCGACAAUGCCCUGCGGAGAGCUGCCUUGGAGAGGAGUGUGGCCAUCAAGCUGCUCAUUUCUUGGUGGAAGUACUCGGAUCCGAGCGAGGAUUUUUUCCUGAGAUCACUGCAAGCGCUAAACAAGAUGCGGGAGGAGGUAGACAUACAAGUGCGCCGCUUUGUUGUGCCCACCACCGAUGGGCUGGAGAAAAUCUCCAGCGGAAGAGUCGCCUCCAAUUCGUACCUGGUCACCGAUGAAAUAGCCUUUAUAGGAUCUGCCAGCUGGUCAGGCGAGCGUUUUAUGUACUCAGCGGGAGUGGGGCUUCUCCUACAGGACAUGGACUCCAACAACAACAGCUUGCGAUCCGAUUUGCUGACCAUUUUCCAGAGAGAUUGGUUCAGCCCCUAUGCUGUGCCCCUGAAACCGAAUUUGCGAAUUUGAAUCUAGCUGU